AGUAUCGGAGUUAUGCGACUCUCUCCGAUCACAUGUUGGGUGUCUCCCCGGAAGCACCCGACGGCGGUGUGUGUCCCGAAGCAUACGCGGGUGGCUUAUGAACAAAGUAAUCUUAGUGUGAAGGGUCACUGAGAACUUAAGGUCAGGUACCAAUGGAGAUCUUAUUGUUACUAGUAUUGUUCAAUUCUAGAAGCCCUAUAGACGCGCGCUUUCACAUGGAAUUAUCCAGCCCAGCUGGACAAUUGCUCGUGUCAGCCAGCAAACCCUCGUUGCCAACCCCGGUCGGUGCAUUCUUCCUCCUACUACAUGUGGCUAUCAUCGUCGGCUCGCCGACGGUUAUGUCCGAGAGCCAUGCGUGUUCUGCAGUCAAUGCUAUGCACCGCAGCACUCCGCAUGGGGUACGUACAUCACUAUUACACUCUUCAGGUCUGAGGACGACAAAGCUUUGUAGAUCAUCGUCAGCGGUAGCUACACCGAACAGGGAGUAGAAUCAGUCAUGGGCAGGAGCUUUGUUUUCUGCAGAGAGC